CUAGUGGAAGUGUUAAAGACACCUUUGUUGGAGCCAGAAAUGGACAAUACAGGCUUUUGAAAAUAGUCAUUGACAAUGAGCAGCUUAUUGUGGGAUCCUCUAGGCAGCCAGUUGGAUCGUGGGAAAAGGAUUAUGAUGCCUUUGUCCUUCCCCUUCUUGAAGACAAGCAACCAUGUUAUAUAUUAUACAGAUUAGAUUCCCGGAAUGCUCAAGGAUAUGAAUGGAUCUUCAUCGCAUGGUCACCUGACCACUCUCCUGUUCGUCAAAAAAUGUUAUAUGCAGCAACCCGAGCAACACUUAAGAAAGAAUUUGGAGGUGGUCAUAUUAAGGAUGAAGUAUUUGGAACAGUACAGGAUGAUGUUUCACUAAAUGGAUAUAAAAAAUAUUUGAUAUCACAGUCCUCCCCUGCACCUCUGACUGCAGCAGAAGAGGAACUUCGGCAAAUUAAGAUUAAUGAGGUACAAACGGAUGUUGGUGUGGAUACCAAGCAUCAAACAUUGCAAGGAGUAGCAUUCCCCAUUGCUAAAGAAGCUAUUCAGGCUUUGGAGAAACUGAAAAAUAAGAAACUGAAUUAUGUACAACUGCAAAUUGAUAUGAAAAAUGAAACUAUUAUUUUGGCCAACACACUUCAUACUGAACUUAAGGACUUGCCAAAAAGAAUUCCAAAGGAUGCUGCGCGUUACCACUUUUUCCUAUACAAGCAUAUGCAUGAAGGAGACUAUUUGGAAUCCAUAGUUUUCAUCUACUCUAUGCCAGGGUAUACCUGUAGUAUACGAGAACGAAUGCUCUACUCUAGUUGCAAAAGUCCACUGUUAGAAAUUGUAGAAGGACAGCUGUGGAUGCAGAUAAUUAGAAAGAUUGAAAUAGAUAAUGGUGAUGAGUUAACUGCUGACUUUCUUUAUGAAGAGGUUCAUCCAAAACAACACGCUCACAAACAAAGUUUUGCUAAACCAAAAGGUCCUGCAGGGAAGAGGGGAAUACGAAGACUGAUUAGAGGUCCAGCAGAGACUGAAACACCUAGUGAUUAAACUGUUGUUUGCUUCUGUUAUAAAGAAUUACAGUAAGACAUGAAAUUCUGGCUUUUGGUAAUGAACUGAAAUCAUUCCAUUCAUAGAUGCUACGAAAAAUACAAAAGCUCUUUUUACUCUUCUGACCUCAACACUUUUUGUAUUGUUACAUGAUUAUAUUUCUGUUGACCAUGUUUUAUGACAUGUGGAAGAGCUAAUUAUUUUAAAGUUAGGAGAGGAAAACUAAGCUAGUACCCCUUUAUUUUACAUUAGACUCCA